AGAGCUGACUACUUCCUCUUUGAUCCCUUGAGGAAAAACAUUUUGGAUUGGACACUGCGGUUCAGGAUCAUGGAAGGGAUAAUUCAAGGGCUUUUGUACCUUCACAAGUACUCGAGAUUGAAAGUGAUACACAGAGACAUCAAAGCCAGCAACAUUUUACUGGACGAGGAUAUGAAUCCCAAAAUAUCCGAUUUUGGAAUGGCUCGGAUAUUUGGAGCGCAAGAAUCCAGAGCUAACACCAAAAGAGUUGCUGGCACAUUUGGAUAUAUGUCUCCGGAGUACUUCAGAGAAGGACUGUUCUCGGCGAAAUCAGAUGUAUUUAGCUUCGGAGUUCUAAUGUUGGAAAUCAUUUGUGGAAGGAAGAACAAUAGCUUCCACCAUGACUCAGAAGGACCUCUGAAUCUCAUAGUUCAUGUGUGGAGUCUGUUCAAAGAUAACCGCGUUCACGAGGUUGUAGAUCCAUCUUUGGGAGAUUCUGCAGUUGAGAACCCUCAAGUGUUGAGAUGCGUUCAAGUUGCUCUGUUGUGUGUACAACAAAACGCAGAAGAUAGACCAAGUAUGUUAGAUGUUGUGUCGAUGAUAUACGGCGACGGCAACAACGCUUUUUCUUUGCCUAACGAGCCAGCUUUCUAUGAUGGUCCUCGGAGAAGCUCGCCGGAGAUUGAUGUUGAGCCACCUGAGCUGGAAAAUGUAUCGGCAAAUAGAGUUACCAUCACAGUGAUGGAAGCAAGAUGAGCUAGUGAAUUAAAAGAAAACUUAUUGUGUACGUGAAUCUCAUUGACACAUUGACUUCUAGUUGGAUAAUGCUGACUGACCUUAUGAGACUCAAAGUUAUCGUUUUCUCGUUAUGUCGCUUGUGAAUUUGAAUACAAAAUUAGACUUUCCCA